AAAAUUCUCGAACUCGAAGUGUCAGUGUCGUUUUAACUUUUACGUUUAGGUAUUCAUAAUUCAUUAUUCAGUGCGAUUCGGUGAAUUUUUAUCUUAAACAUUUGUUCCUUGAAAAGAUUUGAGCAAGGCGAAGGAAAAACGAAUACAUUGUAAAUUCCUAGUGUAGAGUGCGUAAUAGUAGUGCGUUAUCUAGUUUAAAUUCAUCAUGGAGUGUCAUCAUUCAGUAUCAAUCAUGGAGCAGGUUAAUCUAUUGAAAGAUCAAGGUAAUUUGGCUCUUUCUGCGGGGAAUUGCAGGGAGGCUAUUAAAAGCUACUCGACGGCUAUAGAAUUAGAUCCGCAAAACCACGUUUUGUAUAGCAACCGAUCGGCUGCCCAUGCGAAAGCGGGGUCCUACUCGUCCGCGUUGGACGACGCUAACAAAACUGUGUUACUUAACCCUACUUGGAGCAAAGGUUAUUCUAGAAAGGGUAGUGCUUUAGCAUACUUAGGUAGGUAUGAUGAGGCGAUUGCAACGUACGAAAAAGGGCUGGAGCUCGAGCCCGGCAACCAGCAAUUGGCGUCAGGCUUGGCGGAAGUGCGAAAACAAGUGGAGAAAUCCAAGUUAAUAGAAGAGGCUUUAAUAGAAAAGUUGAGAAGAAACCCGGAGACUAGAGAGUGGUUAAAGAAACCAGAAAAUCUUGAAAUGGUUAAGAGUCUCAAACCACAAGACUUUGGUUCGCUUGAUUCGAAAAUGGAAAACGAUAUUAAUCUCUCAACAUUGAACACCAUUUUAAGGUUCGCAUCAGAAGAGGCAAUGGACGUAGAGCCCCCCAUCCCGGAGCCGCCUGCGCCAAAGCCAGAAAAGCCUCAAAAAGCAAAAUAUGAGGACCUACCGGCAAACCGUAGAUUAGCAUUACAAGAAAAAGACUUAGGCAAUGAUUGUUAUAAGAGAAAAGAAUUUGAUAGCGCUAUUAAACAUUAUAGUAAGGCAAUUGAACAUGACGCUAAUGAUAUAACGUUCUAUACAAACAUGGCGGCAGUGUUCUUCGAACAAAAGGAGUAUGAGAAAUGUAUAAAGGAGUGCGAGAAGGCGAUUGAGAUUGGUAGAGAAAAUAGAGCUGAUUUUAAACUUAUUGCGAAAGCUUUUACAAGACUUGGUAAUGCCUACAAUAAAAUGGAGCAAUGGAAGUUAGCAAGAACCUACUAUGAGAAGUCGAUGUCAGAGCAUCGCACACCGGAGAUCAAAACUUUGCUUAGUGAGGUAGAGAAGAAGAUUGCAGAGGAAGAGAGAAAGGCCUACGUUGAUCCCGUUAAGGCUGAACAGGAGAAAGAACUUGGAAAUGAAUAUUUUAAGAAGGGUGACUACAGCACAGCCAUGAAACACUACACAGAAGCCAUCAAGCGCAACCCAGAUGAUCCCAAGCUGUACUCCAACCGAGCGGCGUGUUACACCAAGCUGGCCGCCUUCGACCUCGGCCUGCGGGACUGCGACCAGUGUUGUAAACUAGACCCCAAGUUCAUCAAGGGCUGGAUCCGGAAGGGCAAGAUCUUGCAGGGCAUGCAACAACCCGCCAAGGCUCAGAUGGCGUACCAGAAGGCUCUAGAGCUGGACCCCAGCAACGCAGAGGCUCUGGAGGGAUACCGCGCCUGCUCCACGCAACUUCACUCCAAUCCCGAGGAGGUCCGCAAACGCGCCAUGGCAGACCCCGAAGUCCAGACCAUCCUGCGGGAUCCAGCCAUGCGCUGUAUCCUGGAACAGAUGCAGCAGGAUCCGCAGGCUUUGCAGGACCACCUCAAGAACCCAGAAAUCGCCGCCAAGAUACAGAAGCUCCUUGAAUCCGGUCUGAUAGCCAUUCACUAACAUUGUCUCUUCAUUUAGGGGACCUAGGGUAUGUGUCCAGGGUUCAGUUAACAUUAUGCUACUUUGUUCUAUGCGUUCAAUUAUAAACUUCACAGAUAUCCAAAAGGUACGCGCGUACCGUGUCGGGCCGCAUCUCAAUGUAUUGAAAACUUUAUAAUCCUUAUGCUCAUUUUUAUAACUUCCAAAGUUCUCAGGAUAUCUGACCAUCUUUUGCCGAACUAAAAAUUGUAUACAAUUUUUCGUUAGGGAAAACGGACGGUUCCCGUGGAAUUUUCAGCUGCGGUUCGAAUAAAAGGCUGAGGUUUUAAGGAAUUUGCUCUGCCGCAUGUUCGACUGUUUCUCCUGGUCUUCAUGCCCUUCACACCCUUCCCAGUGUAUCCUGUAUGAUUUGCGCGCCGAACAAAGUGGUGAUUAAGGUUUCCGGACGAAUUCAAAACCAUUCUAGUGUGCAUCGGCAGCAAAAACCAGUGAAUCAAUGCUUUUUUCGUGUUUAAUAGCGUGUACACAAUAUAAUUUCGCAGUUUUACAAAUAUAUACCUACAGCCAGUGGCGUGCAUAGAGGGUAUGCACAGGGUAUGCAGAUGGUAUAAAAUGAGUAAAUACUUAAGGGUGGGAUUUUAAUAACUCUUACACUGCCUAUCCUUAAGUUUUUCAUAACUCUGCAUGCCCUGUGCAUACCCUCUGUGCACGUCACUGUCUACAGCGGCAGAGCAGUACGUUGUUUCUCAGUUAGCAAGUCUUAGCAAGUCGAUUAUUCUGGAAGUCCGUAUUCUUUUGUUUUGCUUAGUGUUUUUGGUUACGAUUUGACCACACUAUAUGAGACUGGUGGGCAUCAGCAAGUGUUGUUUAUUACUACCGGAAUAAUUAAAGUUAACUUUAUGCUCCAUACCACAAAGCUCACAUUCUAAUGCUUUAAGUUGAAUGCAGUCACGGUAGACAUGGUUUGCGAAGGUUUUUACCGACCGGUCUGUACACCGAGCCAGGCUGCAAGCAAAUUUAAACCUUAAGCCCACAAUGUUAGAGUAGCUUUAACAAUGAGAGUUGACCGAGUGAAUUCUUCUAUACUGUUAAGAAACAUAAAGUACAUAUUUUGUGCCCAGAUUAAAGAACUUUACAUGACGCAUUUUCACAAGCAAGACUACAGUUAUUGUUGAAAGUUAUAUUCAUAAGUAGAUUUAUAAUAAAAUAUCUAGAAAUGUUAACAAAAUAUACUUUUAAGCUAAUCCCUGGAUAUGUGCCUUUAGGAAAUGUCUUAAUUGGGAUUGAAUUGCCUUUUUAAUAUUUCCAAUUCCUAAAAUGCACCAUUUACAUAUCGUGAUUUUAAUUAUGAACUUUAAAUGCCAGUUUGAAACUGGGUUAUUACAAAAAUAGAAAGCAAUAAGAAUUACUAUUGAUUGGUCACAAUGAAGUAGUUAAGAUAUAAGAAUUUGGCAAUUAAUAUUGAUGACAGUCCAAUACUGUGACCCGAACAGCUACAGCUGUUCGGGUCACAGUAUUGGACUUACGGCUUAUUAAGUAUCUCGGUGAAUAUCAAACUAUAUUAGAAACCUCAAUCUCAGUUGCUAAUCGAGAUACACCAGCUGUGGCGUCGUCUGGGUUGGAAACUGAGGUUACAGAAUGCAAAGUAAGAGUUUGAGAGUUGUUUGAUGGAAAAUUUACAUAGUUUGUAACAUAAUUUGAUAUUCAAAACGAUAUAAAAAAGGCCUGCUGGUCUAGAUGCCGCUCUGGUUCCGCAUUUAGAAUGGCAGGGCUCAGGUUGAUGGCGAUUAUAGGGUCUCCAAAUAUAGUUUAACGUAAAUCUGAGUUUGGACUCGUUAGACUGGCCUUGGUGAGUUAUUUGUUGGUCAUUGGCAGGCAAACCUGAAAGACUGUUAUUGAAACAACUUUUUAAAUAAUACCAUUGAAAUUGUUAUAUUAUGAAGUAGUAAUUCAAUCCCAUUUGGAUAAAGUAUUCUCAUUUUAAUGUAUUUUAUGAUAUGCGCCUAUCUUUAUAGUUAACGGUUUGAAUUGUAUUAAGCUAUUUUGAAAAGUUAUCAAUUCUACAGUACAUGCUAAUCACGGGCAGCGAGUUAACUUUAUGGAAAUUGUGACUGAGGGUGGUCAAUUGCAUCCCUUAGAGAUUUUCCAGCUUCGCAGUAGAUCAUAGUGCACAGGUGAACAAGGGAGUUCACCUGUGCCCUCUCAUAAUCAUCCACUUAAAGGAAAUGCCACGCUAAUACAAAACGCAACGGCCCACCAAGACAUCCGCGGUUUGCGUCCUGCAUGCGACCAAUCGUGUCACACUAUUAGUCGCACGCGCUUAUUUGAACAAGGCGUGCUGUCACCUUAUUGGAUAACGAGUUUGUUGACAGUGGACGUGUCAGUGUGCGAGUUUAUGAAGAGAGUCACUCAGGUGCCGCUUCUGUUAGCUCGCUCGAUUCACUUUUUGUGAAUUAGAUCCAUUUACUAAAAAUUGCUGUAAUAUAAAGUUAAGGAGCCUACCGUGAAUAGUUAAACUUUACAUGUUGACUUCUCUAUCGUCUUGCAUCGGCAGCCCAUGUAAAGUAUCUCUAUGUACGCAUUGUUUGUGAAAAAUGUUUUUAGUUUUCAACACUAGUGUUGAAAUUAUUAAAUAAAUGCAUUUUUGGAACAGCUGGUCGUAUUAAGUACUUAUUAGCGUUUUAUAUUGCUAGAAAGAACGACUAUUUAAGAAUCGCACUGUUAAAUAUUAUAAACACUUAUGUUAGUACAUGAUUGCUAUAAAAUAAAGCACUACUGCAGGAACCGCAGUGCGUGCUAGCGCUAAGUUCGUUACGAAAUAAAAAAAAUAGAAACACUGUAACCUAAGAGUAAAAUAGACCCACUCAAUUAAAAAUAAGCUUAAAUUCGUCUGCACUUCAUCAGCUAACUUUCUUAGCGGAUUCUUGUAAAAUAGAAACUUUAAAUAAAUGAAUAUUAUGUCUAUUUCACUUUGUCGUUAUAGUGAUUCGAUAUUUCGAUUUGUAGUUUGGCGUUAUAGCGCGGACGUAGCGUAUGGCUCGUAAAGGGUUAAUUUUCUUUAACACGACGUAGUGAAUUAAUUAUACUUUGUUUUAUAUUGGGCGGCAGUUGUAAGACGA